AUGAGAAUCCAGAGCUCCCUCCUCCUGGUAGUCCUCCUGGCUUUGGAGACCCAGCUGCCUGUGGCCUGGUGCAGGAACAAGGGAGAAAAAUUGGGGGGCUGCCCACCAGACGAUGGACCUUGCCACCAGGUGACUCUUGACCAGUGCAUGAAUGACCGCCAGUGUCCCUCAUCUAUGAAGUGCUGCUCCAGAGCCUGUUUCCGCCAGUGCGUCCCCAGGGUCUCAGUAAAGCUGGGCAAGUGCCCCGUGGAUAAACUCCACUGCCUCAGUCCUAAAAAGCACACGUGUAACAAAGACUUUGACUGCUCAGGUAAGAAGCGAUGCUGCCUCAGCGCCUGUGGCCGGGACUGCCGAGACCCCAGCAAAGGCUAAUUCCGGCUUAAGAUCUGUGGCUCUGCACCUCAGGUGUGGUUCCCACCAGGAAGAGAUCACGAAGGGGGCCAGGGAUCCUGCCACCCAGGUCAUCUCUCCAGAGCAGUUGUUAUCUUUUGAGAGACAGUGGCCUGUUGCCACUUCCCCUACAACUCAUGCCUCCUGGUUUCUCCUCCUGAGCGCCAAGGUCCACAGCAGACCUUAAAGACACAUCUCAUCACUCCAGCUCCCCAUCCCCUGCCAUGCUGAGCUUCCCACCCUACCUCAUAGCCAUUUUUACAUCUCCCUGUACAUUCUGUUUCCUCCCCUUAAAAUGCCAACUCAGGCAGCCUCUUCUCUACGGAGCCCUGAACCCACCUCCAAAAGUCCUUCCCCGCAAAUGUACGUCUAGCAGAAUUUCCCAAACACACGCUGUUACAAUCUGUAACCGCCACACUAUAACAUGUUGUGUAAAGCACGCCCUGUACAUCAUUUACUUGAUGUCUUCAUUUAAAUGGCUCACUUUUGGGUGUAACAAUUCAUUUCCAAAGGAUGGUGUGUGUGUGGCAGGGGGGUCACUACAGUAAGUGAGAUCUGCAAGAUCACUGGUCAGAAACGGAAUGGAAUUGUGAAGCCAACUGUAAUAAAAACAGCAGUUCCCUUAAGUUAAUUUAUGCUCGAUUUAAAUAAUACCAUUAAAUUCUAGCUAGAUGUGGCCACCCGCCAAGGCAGAGCCUGUCUCUGUUUUAAUAAAUGGAGAUUAACAAGGGUUAAAGAGAUGUCAGAGAUGCAGAGCUCCGACUGAGUCAGCUCCCUGGGCAGAGUUGGGAGCGAAAAGAGAGCCUCGCACUGCAGGGUUGAUGCUGUAGAAUCUCAGGUUGUAGCCAAGCGCUCGCUGAGAUCAU